AUGAUAGGCGAUUGUGGCCUUGGACUGUCAGCGACGCCAGUCUUCUGCAAGCUCACCAAACAUGGCCACCGCCUUAUCUCCUCCAUCGCCACCGCACAGGACCCUUCAACAUCCAUUGGCUUACUCCGCAAAUUUGUAGCCUCAUCUUCCAAACAUGUGGCUCUCAAUACUCUAUCCCAUCUCCUCUCGCCCUCCACUUACCACCCCCGCCUCUCCUCUCUCGGCUUCCCUUUGUACUCUAUAAUCAGGCAAGAGCCAUGGUUCAGUUGGAACACUAAGCUAGUGGCAGACUUGAUCGCUUUGUUAUAUAGGCAGGAAAGGUUCGAUGAGGCAGAAAUAUUAUUUUCUGAAACAGUUACAAAAUUGGAAUUCAAGGAAAGAGAAUUAUGUAACUUCUAUUGUAACUUGGUGGAUUCACAUGCCAAGCAAAAAUCAGAGAAAGAGGUUAUGGAUUCUUGCAAAGAAUUAAAGCAGCUCAUUUUGCAGUCAUCAUCUGUCUACGUGAAGCGUAGAGGAUACGAAUCAAUAGUUGGUGGUUUUUGUGCAAUCGGGUUACUUAAUGAAGCUGAGAAUUCGAUAGAAGAAAUGAGAGACAUGGGACUGAAACCAUCUCUUUUUGAGAUUAGGUCCCUAAUUUACGGGUAUGGGAGAUUGGGAUGUUUUGAAGACAUGAAAAGAAGCAUAGUUCAAAUGGAAAAUGAAGGGUUUGAAUUGGAGAUAGUUUGUUGUAAUAUGGUAGUUUCAUCAUUUGGAGCUCACAACAAGCUUUCGGACAUGGUUUCAUGGCUAAAGAAAAUGAGAAACUCAGGAAUUUCGCUGUCGAUUAGAACUUAUAAUUCUGUCUUGAAUUCAUGCCCAGAAAUUACCUUAAUGGUGCGAGACCUGAAAACUCUUCCAUUGUCAAUCAAUGAGUUGGUGGAUAAUUUGAACAAUGAUGAAGCUGAUUUGGUGAGGGAAUUGGUCAAGUCAUCAGUUCUGGAUCAGGCAAUGGAAUGGAAGUCUUCAGAGUUGAAGUUGGAUUUGCAUGGAAUGCAUAUGAAUAGUGCAUAUUUGAUUUUCUUACAAUGGUUUGAUGAGAUGCAACAGAGGUUUAUUGCUGGAAAUCAGGUGGUUCCGGCUGAAAUUCUGGUGGUGUGUGGCUCUGGAAAGCACAGUGCUGUGAGAGGUGAAUCCCCUGUCAAAGGUUUGGCAAAACAGAUGAUGCUGCGACUGAAAUGUCCAAUGAGAGUUGAUAGGAAGAAUAUUGGUUGUCUUAUUGCAAAAGGAAAAGUUUUCAAGGAAUGGUUAUGCAAAUUACCUCCAAAUGAAUAUGGUUCUCCAGAUGAUUCUGCAAAAACUGAUGCCUCGGAGAAUGUUGCAAUGUGUUAA